AUGGAUUAUGGCUACUUUGGAGAUGUUGUUUGCCUUGAUCCAACUUACGGAACAAAUAAAUAUGCAAUGCCAUUUGUUCCAAUUGUAGGUGUCAAUCAUCAUCUUCAAACUGUAUUAUUUGGUUGUGCACUGAUUUUUGAUGAAACAGAAUACUCUUUUGUUUGGGUACUUGAGAAAUGGCUACAAGCAAUGAAAGGAAGUCAUCCCAAAGUAAUUAUGACUGAUCAAGAUUCUGCCAUUAGUGGUGCAAUUGCCAAAGUCUUGCCAUAUACCAUUCAUCGAUAUUGCCUAUGGCAUAUUUUUCAAAAUGCUAAGCGACACUUAGGGAGAUUAUUCACAAGGGGGUCUAAGUUUGGACAAGAUUUGUCUUAUUGUGUAAGGAGUCCUGAAACUAUUGAAGACUUUGAAAAAAAAUGGAGUGAAUUGCUCACUAAAUAUGAUUUGAAUGAAAAUGAUUGGAUGUUGAGAAUGUAUAGGAAGCGCCAACAUUGGGUUCCUGUGUUGUCGCAUGAAUUCUUUUGUGCGGAUAUGUGUACAACUCAACGAAGUGAAAGUAUAAACAAAUUUUUCAAAGGGUUUUUGAGUAGAAAAAUGUUGUUGUUGGAGUUUGUUGAAGGUGUUGACAAGGCACUAAUUAGGCGUCGAGAGAAAGAAAUUGAAUCUGAUUUUAAAAUGAAUAAUAUGCAACCAUCCUUAAUACUUCAUAUGCCUAUUGAAGAAGAAGCAAGCAAACUGUACACACCGGCUAUCUUUGCUAAAUUUCAAGAAGAACUACUUGGAAGUCUUCGGUACAAGUGUGAAAAAAUUGAAGAGAAUGGGAAUAUAGCUUCAUAUAAAUGUUGGAUACCAGAAAAAGAAGUUAGACUUAUUAAAAUGUGCUCUGAAUCUAGUUUAUUUGUGAGAUGUAGCUGUUGCAAGUUUGAAUUUGCGGGUUUCUUAUGCCGUCAUAUAUUGAAGGUAUUCAUUGUGGCUAAUGUGGAUAAGAUUCCAAGAGAAUACAUGUUAACCCGUUGGACAAGAGAUGCAAAAUGUGGAAAUUUUUUUGAUGAAGAAGGUCAAGAAGUUCAAGAAGAUUGCUAUACUCAUUUAACACUUCGAUAUAGCACCCUUUCUCAUGAAGCACAAGAAGUUGCAACCAAGGGAUCUUGCUCUACGGAAGUUUAUAAAGUGGCUUUGCAUUGGUUAAGGAAGACAAGAGAAGAGGUUGACAAGGCUAUUAAAGUGCAAAAGUUUGAAGUUCCAAAUAACAACAUCGACAAGUGUUUAUCACAACAAACGAUUAUGUCAACCAAAGUAACAAUCCAUGACCCUCCACUAGCAAAAUGCAAAGGAAGUGGUGGAAGAAAAAAAGCAUUUUGGGAGAAAAAUCUCAAGAAAAGAAAGGCCAAAGUUGCUAUGGGAAAGAAUUCAAGUGUAUCAAUCAAGGCAGGUUGCAAGUUGCAGUUGUUUUGUAGUAACCCUGAAAGUAAUUGGUCUGGAUAUGACCAUUCUCAUGCUUGCCGUGAGGAUGAGAACGUGCCUCACACCUUCUGCUCUUGGAAUUUGAUCCAGAAUUAA